AUGGCGGAAGCUACAGCUCAAACGGAUCUGGGGGAAAUAUUGCUCAAAGAGAAGUGGCAGUUGAAGGAAAAGUUCGGCAAGAAAGGCACGGGGGACGGGGAAUUUCAGUUUGCCGCGGGUGUUGCAUGUUUCAGCAAUGGGGACGUUGUUGUGACUGAUGGAACAGAGAAGCGGCUAUCAUUGUUUUCUUCCAAAGGGCAGUACAAAACAUCGGUUCCGCAAGGACCUGAUCGGCAUCAGCUGGAAAAUCCUAGGCGCGUUGCGGUGACCCGUGAUGAUCAGCUUUUUGUCACUGACAGAAAGAAAGUGAAGGUCUUCGACAAUGAGCUUCAGUUUGUACGCGAGUUUACACCUUCGGUUGAUGAUGCUGAGGAGCUAUCAAAGAGUAACCUCCGUGGUAUUGCUGUGGACAAGCAACGAGUAGCAGUGGCUGACUGCGGGAGAAAAGUCAUCACUGUCCACAGCUUGGACGGAUUGUUGAUUGCAAGCACAUCCAACAACAUGGUUUACUGUGACUUGGCAAUGAGCAACAAAGAGCGGCUGAUCUUCACAAAUUACGACGAGAAGAAGUUGCUGUGCGUUGACUUUAAGGGCAAUGAGGUGUUCAACGUAAUGCCAUUAUUGAACGGGAAACCGGCGAAACCGACUGGUGUCCUGUGUGAUGAUGAUGGGAGCAUCUAUGUUGCUCUUCACACUGGUAAUUGGGGAAACACUGAAGUGCAUCAUUACGACUCGAACGGUGCAUUCAUAGCAACAGUUGCUCAAGGAUUGUACAAUCCAUUAGGAAUGGCAUUUACCCCCGCUGGUGACGUCGUUGUCGCAGACCUUCACUCUGUCAAGAUCUUUGAGCGGAUGUAA